AUUAUUAUGACACAAACACAGUACGGUGCUCGAGUUUUGUUGCGUAUGUGAUUGAGUCGUGGUCGCUGCGUAACAAUAAUUUCGCUGUCUCAAAUGAAUUUAUGUAUUCCACCUUGUUGUGUGGUUUCUCAUUUUCAUAUUAUUUACAUUGAUUAGUGUGCGCGGUUUCGCCGUCCUAAAUCCGCGUAUUAAGUUCGUGCGGUUUCGCCGUCUUACAUACAACAUACUAAUCUUCAAAAUAUCAUCAUCGCGUCGGUCAUCGUCCAUCGUCAACAACUCAACCCACCAGGUCCCUCGUCAUACCAUACUUCAUUGUCACGGUGUCGUGAGUUGAAAACGUGCAUGUGUUUCGUAAUCGUUGCCAAUUUAAAUUACGACAAAAAAAAAAAAAACCACGCUAAAAACAAGUUCGAUUGUGUAGACAGUGUGCUUUGCGACCAGUCCGAGCGAUGACUUUCCCGAUGCAUCAAGACGCCGCCGCCGCUGCUGUUUUCAGGAGGACUAUGGUGCUGCUACUUUUGCUGUUGAUGUUCUCCUUGUCGUCGUUUCCAUCAGUCACCGCUGAGUGCCCGGACAAAUGCUGGUGCCAAGAAGUGAGAGUCUACUGCUCUUACCAGGGACUGGACCGGAUACCCAACAGCAUUUCCCCGGCUACCAAACUGCUGGACUUGGACUAUAAUGAAAUCAGGGAUAUCGAAUCAUUAGCUCAUCUGACAGAGUUAGAGACCUUAUAUUUUAGCAACAAUAAUAUAAGUGAAGUGAAAAAUGGUGCAUUUUCAAACCUUUCGCAGCUUCAGGCAUUAUAUUUGCAUAGAAAUAAAAUCGAAAACAUCGAGACUGGGGUUUUUAAUAACUUAACGAGUUUGAAAGUAUUACACUUGGAUUACAACAACAUUCAUAAGCUCGAUUUGGAAAUGUUUAAGGGACUUACAAAACUGAAUAGACUAUAUUUGAGCAACAAUAAUAUAAGUGAAGUGAAAAAUGGUGCAUUUUCAAACCUUUCGCAGCUUCAGGCAUUAUUCUUGCAUAGGAAUAAAAUCGAAAACAUCGAGACUGGGGCUUUUAAUAACUUAGUAAGUUUGAAAGUAUUACAAUUGGAUUACAACAACAUCCAUAAGCUCGAUUUGGAAAUGUUUAAGGGACUUACAAAACUGAAUAGACUGUUUUUAGACCACAAUAUGAUAAGAAAUAUUCCACCUGGAACAUUGGAUUCAUUAACGUCGUUGAGUAUUUUACAGCUUGACCAUAACCCAUUGACGUGCGAUUGCAAUAUUUUGUUGUUUGUAAAAGUGCUGAAGAAAAAUUACCCCCAGCGAGAUGUACUCGGGAAUUACGACCCUUCGUGUCAUUUCCCCGUAGAAAUGAGUGAAAAAUCGUUGAAGGAAAUAACCGAAAACGAUUUUAAUUGCACGUCUCCGCAAAUAAUCGUGGUACCAGAGAAAAAGACGGUGUCGGUCGGUGAACAGUUACAACUCUCGUGCAAAGUUGUUGGAGACCCGGAACCUUAUAUAAUGUGGGCCAAAGACGACAUCAAUCUAGAACUUGGGAAAAGAGUUCAGGUAUUUCAAAACAAUACAUUGAUUAUAUCUAAAGUGGAAAGAACGGACGGCGGUCAAUAUAAGUGUGUGGCGUCCAAUUAUCUUGGACGAAAAUCUUUCGAGGCGAUGGUUAACGUAUACGGUUUGACGGAAAAUGAUUGAAAUACCUUGUUUGGAGUAACACCAUGUUUUUCUUUUUUUAUUAUUAUUAUAUUAGCGAAUUUACUAUUGUAUAACGACAUAAUAUUGUAGACAAUUUAUUAUUAUUAUUAUUUUUGUGACUUGUGAAUUGUAUAUUUUACUAUUAACAUGCAUAUUGUAAAAUAUAAUAUAAAGUAACAACUGCAGAACUUCAGAACUACAAUAUAGUUUAUAGUUUAUUAUUUUACUGUA